GCUAGGCUUGGUUUGAAUCGCCCAAAAACUUUCAAAGUUUGCAAGCUAUCCGCCAAAAUGAAAAAGAAUUUUGCAGUCAUUUUUGCAGUUGUUGCUGCUGUGCUGAAAGCAGAGCUGAUAGAUUAUAAGGAUUGUGGUUCUAAAGGAGCUGUGCUGCAUUCAGUGUACUUGCACCCUUGUUCCAAAUUGCCAUGUACUCUGCAAAGAGGACAGAAUUACUCUGUGAAUGUUAAUUUUACUGCAGAGGCAAACAUUGGAGAGCUUACUUCAGUGGCCCACGCCCUGUUUGAAGACAUGUCUGUCCCCUGGCCACUGCCAGACUCCAACAGUUGCCACAGUAUGAAUGGACCUGGGUGCCCACUGGUUACUGGUCAUGUGUAUUCCACUUCCAUAUCCAUCAAUGUACCACAGGUCAUUCCACAGGUUCGCCUGGUCAUCAAACUUGAAAUGGUGACCACAGAAAAUUUACAUGAAGUCUUCUGUUUGGUAUUCCCUGCAAUCCUUCAAGAUUAAAUUAAUGCAAAUGAGUCUACUUCUCAUAUAUGACAAUUUGAUUUUUGUUUGGAAAAAGAUGGAAGAAAGUUUGGGUUAAAGACAGAAAUAUUGCACCAGCAAUGCAAAUAUUUUUAUGUUGACAUUUUAUUUUGUCAUUUACAACUUUAACAUUCAUUUAGCAACAAUCAAUGCAAUUCUGAAGAUAGUGUACAACCAGUAAGCUUUGUGAUAAUUUUGUUUAAUCCAGUAAGGUAAGCUUUUGUGUUACAAAAAGAAAAAAAAAGAAAAAAGGGCUAUAUUGAGCAUAUGUUGUAGUG